AUGGCAGACUCUACAACCGAUUCUAUGUCUAAAAUACCGGAUCCGUUUGAUAUCGCCAGUCAAUAUGGUGAAAAUGUCGAGACUCGUUCGAGCCACAAGCCCAAUGAACUUCCUCGACAGUUUUCCCUGUUUUCCACUCUUGCAUUUGGAUUCAGCAUGACGAACUCAUGGCUCGGUUAUUCUGCCACUUUCAUUACACCACUGCUACUAGGUGGAAGUCCAGCGGUGUUUUUUGGUCUCAUUGCUGCUUCGAUCGCGAGUUGCUUCAUAACAUCAAUUCUAGCGGCUGGUCUUGCAGAGCUCGCCUCGGCAUAUCCCUCCAGCGGCGGACAGUAUCAUUUCACUUACAUGGUUACCCCUCCGAAGUAUCGUGCUCUGGUAGCCUUUGUCAUGGGAUGGUUGAGUGUAGUGGCGUGGGCCCUCACCAGUGCAUCCACUGCUCUAGUCUGUGCUCAGAUAGCCGGGAACUUGGCCGGUAUAUACCACCCAAACUACAUUGCAGAGGCUUGGCAGACGUGGAUGAUCUACUCCCUGUUGGUUUUGAUUGCAACGGCAAUUGUCUGUUUCUUGCCGGCAGCCCUUCCUCGAGCGGAGAUGGUGAUGUUUGUCAGCAGCUUUUUGGGAUUUGUCGUUAGCCUUGUCACUGUCUUGGCUAUGCAGACAAAUAAACAGUCAGCAAAGGCAGUCUUUAUCAAGUAUGAAAACACAAGUGGCUGGAGCGAUGGUACUUCCUUCAUUAUUGGGCUUGGAACAUGUAUGUAUGCAUACUUGGCCAUUGAUGGAGCUUGUCAUAUUGCAGAGGAACUUCCCGCCCCAAGUCGCGACGUCCCCCGCGCUAUGGGUCUUACGAUGCUGAUUGGCAUAAUGACGGUCAUGCCUUGGACAGUUGCGUUCCUUUUCUCCAUCACAGACACAGAUGCUGUGGCCGCGUCAUCGAUCCCGGUGUAUACAAUCUAUCUACAAGCCACACGAAGUCAACCUGCGGCCACUGUUCUCACUGUAUGGAUUCUUUUUGUCUACUUUGGCGCCUUGGUGUCAUGCAUUGUGACAACUGGGCGACUUGCAUAUGCCUUUGCUCGCGACGGGGGCCUUCCAUACUCGGGAUUCUUCGCCCGGAUUCACCCCACGUACCAAGCCCCUGUCAACGUGACGGUCGCGUGUGCUGCAGUGGUAAUCAUUUACGGACUAAUCUAUAUCGGAUCCGCCACGGCUUUCAAUAGCUUCAUAUCCAUGUCUAUCUUGUCGCUCAACUUGACUUACGCUCUACCGCAGGCCAUUCUCUUGGUCCGAGGCCGAGAACGCAUCCUGCCGAAACGCCCAUUCGCCUUGGGUCGACUGCUUGGGCCAAUCUGCAACGCGUUUUCAAUCAUAUGGGUUCUUUUCAUCACAAUUCUCUUCUGCUUCCCUACAUCCGUCCCGACCACCGUCGCCAGUAUGAACUAUGUCAGUGUGAUUAUAGUUGGUAUUUCAUUUUUGAUCCUGAUAUCUUGGUGGGGAGGUAAAAGAAAGACAUUCUCCGGGCCGACAGUUGAGAUACAGGGGCUUGAGGUUGUACUGCAGGACAAUGAUCUGUCCUCGGAAACA